AAUAUCGGUUUGGCUUCGAAGUGAUAACAUUCAUUUAAUUCAGUAGAGAUCGGGACUAAACAAAAAGGAACCAUCUCUCGCCGGAAAAGUUUAUCACUUUUACUUCCUAUCCAAAAAGUUCAUCACUCUGCAUCGCUUCUAACCUCGUAUCCAUUAGGUCGCUGGUUCGAAUCCAAUAGCUAUCGAAAAAGGCCAUGGAUUUAAUCAGGGGGUUAUGGAGGAAGCACAGAAGGAAGAUUCUGGUGACGACGACCUGUUUAGGAAGUGGGUACUUGCUUUACAAGCUAUACAACACCCACACUCGUAACCUCGCCCACUUGGAACGCGAGCUCGCCGACGAGCGUCACAAUGACGAUAUCAUCAAAACCCAAAUGAAGGCUCAUUUUGACAACAUUCAGAUGAUUGCUGAUAUAACUACAUUGCCUCACGCCUUGCGCCGCUUGAGUAUCCGCAUUGCUGAAGAGAUCGAUGUCUCUGUUAUUAUGGAGACUUUGAGUAAAGGAAAAGGAACGCUGCUUCCUUCUGAGAAGCUUCAGCUUUGGAAUGAGCUCAAGAUUUUGAGUUUCACGAGAAUGGUUCUGUCGCUGUGGUCAGUGACUAUGCUUAGUUUGUACAUUAGGGUCCAAGUCAACAUUUUGGGCAGACACUUAUAUAUCGACACUGCUACAGGUCUUACCACCUCCCAUUUACUUGAAGAGAUAGAUCUCAUAGAUAGAGAGGACGAGAAAAAGUUCUUGGCAAGUGCUGAUUAUCUUGCAACCAAUGGCAUUCCUAGUUUGAUUUCCAAUAUCAAGAGUGCAGUGAAAGAAGUUCUCAAGGGAAAGCAGUUAAAAGAUGUGUUUACCACAAGAACUCUCGAAGAAACUGUGAUUCGGAUUCUUGAUGUGUUUAUGAGCAACGGAAGUCCACAUCACUGGGUUGAUUAUUUAAUGAUGGCACAAGACACGACAAUGAGUCCAAGAGACAACGACGCUAAUGAUGGCUCCUCUUCAGAUGCAACUGGCACCAAGCUUCAUCGACUCAUAAACGAGACACGGGAAGUACUCACAAGCACUGAGUUUACAAAUGUAGCAGAGAUCUCGCUCAAGUCUUGUACCGUAGCGUUAGUAGAGGAGAUGGAGAAGCAGACAGGUUUGGCUGCAGGGAUGCAACUGGCGAAGCUCAUACCACAGAUUGAGAAGACUGUGCCGGAGAUUUCAGCUGUACCGGAAGAGAACCGGUUCUUGCAACUCAUCAGAGAUUUGCCUGAAGUUCAACACUUUUUUACUCUUUUAUACUCAAACAUGCCACUAUAGUUGCAAAUUGCCAAAUUGAUUUUAUGUUAUGCAUUUCAACAAAGUAGACACAUACCGAGAAUAAUUGUUCAAUAUGAAUCAAAUCAAGAUGAACAGUAAGGUUGUUAGCCAGUA